CAUCAACUCAUCCUCAAAAUCAAAAACCCUAAUUUUCGAUCCUCUUCUUCAAUCUUUGUCCUAGGGUUUCGAUCUUUCAUCGAGGAGAUCAACAAUGUCGGGCCGUGGCAAGGGAGGCAAAGGAUUGGGCAAAGGAGGCGCGAAGCGUCACCGCAAAGUCCUUCGAGAUAACAUCCAAGGCAUCACCAAGCCGGCGAUCCGCCGCCUCGCUCGCCGUGGCGGCGUGAAGCGGAUUAGCGGGUUGAUCUAUGAGGAGACUCGUGGGGUGCUGAAGAUUUUCUUGGAGAAUGUGAUCCGGGAUGCGGUGACGUACACAGAGCAUGCGAGGAGGAAGACGGUCACUGCCAUGGAUGUAGUCUAUGCUUUGAAACGCCAGGGUCGUACUCUGUAUGGUUUCGGUGGUUAGGGUUUCGAUUGGGCAAAGUCUUGCUGUCAAGAAGAGAGGUCAGUGGGGUUGUAUUAAAGGUUGCAUCUUUUUGGGGAUUUUGAGUUUCAGUGAUCUUUGUAUUAAAAAAAUUGUACUUUUGAAGUAAUGCAAUGUUAAUUAGGGCAAGAGGUCUUUUUUUAUUGUUU